CACGCACAUUAAUACAUCUCGCAAAGAUAAAGCCCACAGCGCGGCGCACGAUAUCAUGUGACAUGAUAUCACCCCCUCGACUAUUUUACCGAAAAUGUAUUAGACUUCAAAAUUUUAGCAAAGCCGAAAAAUAACCAUGGUAACCUCUUAUUCGAAUUCAGACUGGCUUAUCCGACAUGAAAUUGUGCUUCUCUGCAAUUUAAACUCGCAUUUUUAGACAACUUAUUCAUAUAUUCACUCACAUCGUUCAAAAUGGCUCCAAGCAGCACUUCACCACCCCACAACCCUCAAAAUGGCGAGAGUGGAGAAAAUUCCGAGAACUCCGUCUGGAAGAUUCAAGAAGUCCCCGGAAAAGGAUUGGGCGUAGUUGCCAACCAGGAUAUCGCCGCUGGAACCUGUAUCAUAAGCGAAGCCCCUUUAAUCACAACGGAGGGCAUUUCCAUGGCCAACACCGACAUUGCAGAGCAACAGCUUCUCAAUGCUCUCAAAAAAUUGUCAAAAGCAGAUCAAGAACGAUUUCGCUCUCUUCACAACUACUACACUGCCUCGGAUCCCACACAUCCCCUCAGUGGAAUUUGCAAGUCGAAUGGAUAUCCGCUUGGCACUAACACUGAAGUUGGUGGCGUCUUCGCUGAUAUCUCGAGGAUCAACCACAGCUGUCUACCAAACACAGUGCAAUACUGGAAUCCAUUGCAUGAAAAGCAGACUAUCCACGCUGUUCGACCAAUUCCAAAUGGUGGCGAGGUCACUACUUCAUACCUUGCUGGUGGAACAUCCCAGGAAAGAAAGCAAUUCCUGAAAGAGAACUUCGGGUUCGACUGCGCCUGUGAAGUCUGCUCUAUGCUCGAGGACAAGUUGCGAGAAAGUGACGAGCGACUGGCUCGGGCUGAGAAAUUGGACGAGACACUCGGUGACUCGAAGAAGGUACGCUUUUCACCAGACGAGGUGAUGAAGAGCGCUCGUUCUAUGUUCAAGAUCUACGAAGAAGAAGGCAUCAAGGAUGGAAGACUGGGCAGAUUGUACUACGAUCUCUUCCAACUGUGCAAUAUGCAUAGCGAUCUUGCUAGAGCCAGGUGCUUUGCUAAGUACUAUGUCGACUCGAAGAAGAUGGCUGAAGGCAAGGACAGUAUCAAUGUGCUGGAGAUGUUCUCGUAUGUCAAGAGCCCACAGAAACACGACAGUUUUGGAUCAACGGACAUGUGGAGGACAGGUACUACCGAUGUACCGAAAGGAUUGAAGGCCAGUGAGUUCGCAAAGUGGUUAUGGAGAGAGAAUGUUUGAGUCUUGCGACAUAUAUAUCAUUUAGAAUGU